UCAUCCGUAUAAAUAGUGGUCGCGGCGCGCUCAUUUCAGUCCCUUGACUUGAGCAAGCUUCAAGUUAUGGCACGUACGAAGCAGACCGCCCGCAAGUCUACCGGCGGUAAGGCCCCCCGUAAGCAGCUGGCCACCAAGGCAGCCCGCAAGAGCGCGCCGGCCACCGGCGGCGUGAAAAAGCCGCACCGCUACCGGCCCGGAACCGUGGCGCUGCGCGAGAUCCGCCGCUACCAGAAGUCCACCGAACUGCUGAUUCGUAAGCUGCCGUUCCAGCGCCUGGUGCGCGAGAUCGCGCAGGACUUCAAGACCGAUCUGCGCUUCCAGAGCUCAGCGGUGAUGGCGCUGCAGGAGGCGAGCGAGGCCUACCUGGUGGGGCUGUUCGAGGACACCAACCUGUGCGCCAUCCACGCCAAGCGCGUCACCAUCAUGCCCAAGGACAUCCAGCUGGCGCGCCGCAUUCGCGGGGAGCGGGCCUGAGCCCGCGACGCCCCCACCUCCCCCAAAGGCUCUUUUCAGAGCCACUUCCUUUUUCACCGAGAGAGGCUGUCACAGAUAUUAUUUGAAGAAGAGGAAACAUCUCUGUGUGGAUAACUGAAAAGAUGUUGAAAUAAUCAGAUGAGAACAGAGCCUUUCAGACUUGCACACUCCUUCCCAGAAGUGUAGAAAUCCUAAAAGAAUACAAAACAGACCAAGCCCUCAGCAAAAACUCACUGCAGGUAAAGUGCACAAAGAUCCCCACUUAUGAAAGAUAUUCUGAAAUGUGAGAAAUUGAGUUUGAAAGACAUAUAUCCUGCUGACAGUGACAAACUUUCUGACCUGGACAAGAUUGGACACAGUGCUUUCUGAGAUGGAAAUCGGGAGAAGCUGAAUGAAAACUGUCACCUAUGUAAAUGGCCUGAAGAGAGCUUAGAGAUGAUCACUCUAUAAGAAACUAUCCCUGAUUGCAAUAAUUAUACAAAGAAAAACAUUCUUGGAUUUUAAUUGGAGACACUGGAAUAACUAACAAUUAUAUAUUUAAAAAUUUUGUUUUACAUAAUCAGACAAAUGUAAAUCAAAAUAACAAAGCACUGCGUAAUAUCCAUCAAAUUGGCAAAAGCUAAAGCUAGGUAUGUUACUUGUGCUGCUAGAACAAGAUACUAUUAUAGGCAGCUAAGUUAGAUAGAAAUUAAUAUUCAAUCAAAGAGGAACUGGGCCUUCAAGGAAUUCAGCACAAAAAAUAAGACAUGAGAAUUCUAAGCCGUGAGUGGAGGUGCACAGCUGUAAUCCCAGUGCUCGGGAGACUGAGGCAGGAGGAUCACUGCAAGUUUGAAGCCAACCUGCACUACGUAGUGAGUUCAGGGCCAACCUGAACUGCAUAGUGAGACUGUCUCAAAAAACAAGCAAACACGAAAGACAUCAGAAUUGUGGCUGGAGGUACACCUGAAGAAGGCCGGGCCUCAAGAUGAAGACACAGUGGCCAGGCCUGCAGGCCUCCUUGAGAGAUAAACAAUACUUUGUGAUUACACUGUAAUUAGCACCACCUGGUCCAUCUAGUCCAGAUGGGCAUCAGCAGCCCAGGUGGGUGACCAGAGCACCAGGACCCAGCCCAUCCCAAACUGCCUUUGCUCCUUCCGUGUACCCGGCUAUAGGACUUGGCUCCCUGUUGGAUCAUCAGCUAAGCAGCUGCACUUGUGGUCUCACAGGCUGAUGGAGGUUUGACCCACUGUGACUUUGCUGCUCUCCUCCUCACAUCCAGGACCCGUUCUUCUUCCCCUCAUUCCCAGUAAACCUCUAACUUCCUCCCUUGGUUCGCAGGUUCACUCCCCAGUGUUGUGGGACCGUGAAAUCGGCACAUUUGGCAUCUAACAGGUUGGGAAUUAGAUUUCUCCCAUAUCAACACCAUCACCUGGGGAGCCCGGAACACAACUCCCAUUUCUCUCUCACAGCUCUGGAGGCGGGGAUCGGCUCACUGGACAGCACGUUUGCGCUGUGUCCUCUGUCGCACAAGGGGCAGUUACUCGCUGGGCCUGGAGUGCAGCACUGGUCCUGCUCCGACUUCACCACCUCCCCAGCGCUGUCUCCUCCUCUGAGCCUGCUGGGGCUGUGGCCCCGCACAGCAGGUUUCCUCAGGGCCCCGCAGGGCACAGCACUGGGUGAAGCUGUGUCGUGGUGGAGGGGGGGGCAUCACUCUCGAGUCGUGGUUUGCUGAUGGAGGGUUUAGGGGACAUUUUGGAGAAACAUCUAACCAUCUCUCCUGUGCCCAGGCCUCUGCCCCGAGGACUUUCUCCUACAGACCGGUAAGAAAGCAUCAAUAAUGUUCAUCAAAAUCAUACUGUGAUAACAGGAAGGUAGAGAAACUUAAGGGAAUAAAAAAGUAAAACACAGUGGUUAAUUACCAAGAAGCAGGCUCUUUCUUCCUGCGGCCAUGAAACAUGACUGGCAAAAACAAAAGGCCGCUCAAGGCUCGGUCAUGCGGUUCACACCUGAGCACAUUGGGCCUGGGCCUCUCAGAGCUGUGUCCACAGCUGUAUGCCUGUCCCUCUGUUCCUGCACUGCAGCCAGAAGGUGAUGGCACCACACACGGGGGGGUCUCUGUCACCAGGACAGCCAGCUCCGGAGAUGUGAGACCAGGUAAGGAGGAAGAGCUUGGCCUGGUGUGGCAGCAGACACGUAAUCUGGACACUCUGGGAGGCUGA